AUGAACCUUGUUCACCCAACACCAAGACCUGGUUAUUAUGUUGUGGAAUUAAAUCGAAGUGUUUGGGUGGUUCCCGAAUAUUAUAUUAAUUUGACACCGAUUGGAACUGGAGCAUAUGGAACUGUUUGGUGAGAAACUUUUUCAUUCCUUUUCACCAUUUUUGAAUUUUCAUUUUAUGUUGAAAAAAUUUAGUUUGAAAAAAUUAUUCUGAACUUUUAAAUUUUUUGAAAUAAUCAAAUUUGAGACGAAUUUUGCGAAUAUUUGUGAUUCUUUAAAUUUGAUGCUUUUUUUCGUCAAAACAAUUAUUCUACAAAAUUUUUAUUUAUUUUUUAGCCGAUUCCAAAAAAUUUAUUCUGAUUCAAAAUUAAUUCCCUAUAUUUUUCAGUGCCGCUGAAUGCACCCGAACUGGCAAAAAAGUUGCUAUCAAAAAAUUCAAUCGUCCCUUCCAAUCUAUAAUUCAUGCAAGAAGAACUUAUCGAGAAUUACGAUUAUUGAGAUGUAUGAAACAUGAAAAUAUAAUCGAUCUUCUCGAUGUUUUCACACCGAAUUCACAAGUUUCCGAAAUCGAUGAUGUUUAUUUUGUUUCAAUGUUGAUGGGAGCUGAUUUGUCGAAUAUUUUGAAGAUUCAAAGGUUGAAUGAUGAUCAUAUUCAGUUUUUGGUUUAUCAAAUUUUGAGAGGAUUGAAGGUUUGUAUACAACAAAAAAUUUGAAUUCAAUUUCAUUAGAAUUUUUCAGUAUAUUCAUUCUGCUGAUAUCAUACAUCGAGAUUUGAAACCUAGUAACAUUGCUGUAAAUGAAGACUGUGAAUUGAAAGUGAGUUUUCAGAUUUGAAUUUAUGGCCAAAAAUUUUCCAAAGGAAAUCUUAAAAUUUCAGAUUCUUGAUUUCGGGUUGGCUCGUCAAACAGAUUCAGAAAUGACAGGAUACGUGGCAACACGUUGGUAUCGAGCACCUGAAAUUAUGCUAAAUUGGAUGCAUUAUACACAAACUGUUGAUGUUUGGAGUGUUGGUUGUAUUUUGGCUGAAUUGAUCACUUCAAAAACACUGUUUCCUGGAUCAGAUCGUAAGAAUUUUUAAAUUUUAUAGCUUCCAUAUGAAUGAAAUUUCAGAUAUUGAUCAAUUGACUCGAAUUAUGUCAGUUGUUGGAACUCCAGAUGAGGAGUUUUUGAAGAAAAUCUCAUCGGAAGAAGCUCGAAAUUAUAUUCGGAAUUUGCCGAAAAUGCCUAGAAGAGAUUUCAAGAAACUUUUCGCGCAAGCAACUCCUCCAGCUAUUGAUUUAUUAGAGAAAAUGUUGCAUUUGGAUCCGGAUAGAAGGUUUGUUUUGAAUUUGAGAAAAUAUUGAGAAAUUCAGUAGUAGGGAUUUUUCUGAUGAAUUUUCUGAGGGUUCAAUAAUCGACACUAAUUCUCAUAAUUUUGACGUUAAAUUUGUAUAUCAAUUCACGAAUACUAUUUUAAAACCGAAAAGUCGGAAUCCGACUGCUUUUCUCGUCCCAAAAUCUUCUUUUUUUUAUUCAAACUCAGAAAUUUUUUUGUACCGGGACAGAAUUUUUUAAGCACAUUGUUCGAGUACUGUCUAUAUUUUGUGCAGAUGAUGACGUCAUGACCUGCACAAAAUAUAGACAGUACUCGAACAAUGUGCUUAAAAAAUUCUGUCCCGGUACAAAAAAAAUUCUGAGAAAAUCUCCCAUUUCCAGACCAUCUGCAAAAGAAGCAAUGGAACACGAAUAUUUGCAAGCAUAUCACGAUGAAUCAGAUGAACCAGAAGCUGGUGAAAUGGAUUUAAAUGAUGAUGUUAUGGCAAACACAAUUGAUGAAUGGAAACAAAUUAUUUGGGAUGAAAUUGCCGAUUUUGAGGUAUUUUAUUUUUUUUGGAUUUUAAUUUUAGUCUGAAAAAAGUAGAGAAUGAAAUUAUCGAACUUAAUGAUUUUUGGCGUGAACUUCGACCACAAUUAAAAGUGUCAUAAAAAUUAUCAAAACAUAAAAAUUUAAUUGGAUUUUUAUUUGUAAACAUAGCUACUGUCCGAAUUUCCUUGUCUCCGAGACUCACAAAAAUAUUCAGAUAAAAACUCUCAUAGUUUACAUAAAUGUAAAUAUUUAUUGAUUUUUUUGCAGAGAAUUCGACAGGAAAGAGAAAAAAGAAGAUGA